CCCGGCUCGACCCCAGCCUCCUCCUCAGCUCCCUGACAAGUCACUCCGCCGCUUCCAGCUCCCGCAUAUUACUUGGCUCUUGUCUCUCUCAUUCACAGGAACAGUGUCAACUAUGGCUGGCAAGAGUGCCUUGGUGAUUCUGGCCGAGGGAGCCGAGGAGAUGGAAGCUGUCAUUGCCAUCGACACGCUGAGGCGAGGCGGGGUGACCGUAACUGUAGCUGGGUUGAAUGGUGGUGGUCCUGUACAGUGCAGCAGAGAUGUGGUGAUCCAUCCUGAUGUUGCUCUUGAUGAUGCUAUAUCUAAAGGCCCUUAUGAUGCCAUUGUUCUCCCAGGUGGACUAAAGGGAUCUGAAAGUCUUGGACAGAGCUCUGAGGUGAAGUCCAUCUUGACUGAGCAGGAAAAGGCUGGCAGAGUUAUUGGUGCCAUUUGUGCAGCUCCUGCUGUGUCUCUAACUGCUCAUGGCAUUGGUGAGGGCAAAAGUGUGACAUGCUACCCAUCACUGAAGGCUAGUCUGUUGAAGUCUGGAAAAUACACCUACUUGGAGAAGCGUGUGGUAGUUGAUGGAAACCUCAUCACAUCCCAAGGACCGGGGACAGCUUUUGAGUUUGGUCUGGCUUUAGUAGAGAAGUUGGUUGAUGCAGAGAGAAAAACAACAGUUGCCAAGGGUAUGCUUCUUGAAUAACUGGUGUUGUGGAACUUAAAUUUCAUGUAUCAUUGACUAUGAAUUACUUCAGGUGUGUUCCUUUGUAUGCUUGAAACAAAAUUAUACAUAUUAUAGUGUACAGUAUUUAGAAGUUAAUAUUGCACUAAUUAUUUUGAUGGUAUGUGUGCUCAUACUAUGGUAUUUAGUAAAGUCACCUAUGAGAUAGGAUAAAUAUCAUGGAACAAUUGCAAGACAUAAUGUAAAUCAGUCGCUUGUAAAUUGAUAAUGUUAUAAUAAUCUUGUAUAAGGCAUUGGAAGUAGUUGGGCUGUGUUUGGUACAGCUCUUGUCAGACUAACAAAUGUGCGAUUUGAACUACAGUAGGGUUUGUAUAAAUAUAAAUAAACAGGGCUGUUAAGGAGCAUGCAUUAUAAACAUUUUAUUUCAUAAGUUAACUUUACCCGUAUCUUUGCAAAUGCUGUCGAGGCUUCAUGACCUUUAACAAUGAAAUUUGGUAGGAUGGCAUAUUGUAAUGAAUAGUGCACCAAGUAUAGAUAAAUGUAAAAGAAUGAGGCGGGUUGAUUUUUAGUUGAAGAAUACAUUGCUCCACCUCUGAAGUACUUAAAUGUGAAAAUCUUGCACAUGUAAGGAAAUUAGUGGACUUUAAACGCAUAACUGUUGCCGAUUAUUUUUUGCCAUUAUAGUAAUAGCUUUGCCUAUACAAGGGAAACCCACAUUUCCAUGACCCAUUAUGGAAAAACUUUUGAGGCAAAAGUCAGUCUUGCUUAAAGCAGUUAUUUUUAAUAUAGGAAUGUUCAGCUAUGGGAAGUAAGUUACAUAAGCAUCUAUUAAAAGUGAACAUGUGUGUAGCAGUUCAAUAAAAAUACAAAGAUUA